AUGUCUUCUUUGAAGUCCCACUUGAACACAUCGUUUCAACGCUUUGACGAUGUAGUCCCAACACACCGUACCACACAACUUGCUCCUCAACGCUGGACCGAUAUACGUUCUUUGCUGCUGCUUUUAUUCUGCCUCCCAUUAGUCGCCAUUGUCCUCAAUGUUGUCCGCCAACUUAUUCUGCCCCGGAGGUCUACAGACCCGCCCGUAGUCUUCCACUGGGUCCCCUUCAUUGGCUCUGCAAUAGCCUACGGAAAUGACCCAGUAAAGUUCUUACUGGAUUGCCAACAAAAGCACGGAGACAUAUUCACAUUUGUCCUUCUUGGCCGUCGGAUGACGGUGGCCCUAGGGACAAAGGGUAACAACUUUAUACUAGGCGGCAAAUCUCACCAGCUCAACGCAGAAGACGCAUAUACCCACUUGACCACCCCUGUGUUCGGCAAGGGCGUGGUAUACGAUGUCCCCAAUGAUGUAUUCAUGCAGCAGAAGAAAUUCUGCAAGGUCGGAUUCUCAAUAUCCAACCUCCGCAGAUACGUCGGGAUGAUCGAGGACGAGGUCCACGCUUUUCUCGCGCACGAUGCGACGUUCGGCGGGGCUCCUGCGUCUACGGAUGCCAGUGCCACAGCGAUCGACGACACCCAUGGUACUCAAUGGAGGACCUUUGACGCACUGCGGUUGAUGCAACAGCUCACGAUACUUGCUGCGUCCCGCACGCUGCAGGGCGCGGAGGUCCGCGCGGGCCUCGACGCGUCGUAUGCGCAGCUUUACAGCGACCUCGAUGAAGGGUUCACCCCACUCAAUUUUAUUUGUCCAAACCUCCCGUUGCCGAGUUAUUCACGCCGAGACAGAGCACACAGGAAGAUGAGUGCGUUUUAUGUGGACAUAGUACAGCGCCGUAGGAGGAGGUUAUUGGACCAUGAAAACGAACAUGAACAUGAUAUGAUUGCGGCGCUCAUGAAACAGACAUACCGUAACGGCCGGCACCUCGAGGACCACGAAGUAGCGCAUUUGAUGAUCGCGAUGCUCAUGGCUGGCCAGCAUACCAGCUCAUCCACUGGCUCCUGGGCGCUUAUCCACAUCGCCAACAACCCCCAGAUCGGGGAGGCGCUAUAUCAAGAACAAGUGGAGCAUUUUACAGAAUCAUAUACAGCGUCGCCGUCGGACGGGGGCAGGCGCCCGGGGCUGCGUGCGAUGACGUACGAGGAGGUGAAGGAGCUGCCGCUCUUGAACGCGGUCAUCCGCGAGACGCUGCGCUUGCAUCCGCCGAUCCAUAGUAUCAUUCGGUAUGUCCGGGAAGAUGUGGUUGUACCGCGUACUCUGGCGGCGCCGCAUCUUCAUGGUUCGGGGGUGAAAAGACGUGUGGAUGAAGGUGAUAAAGGUGAUGGUGAUGGUGGUGAUGCGGUGUAUGUUGUGCCCAAGGGCGAUUAUGUUCUUGCGUCGCCGGCGCUUAGCCAGAUUGACGCGCGGAUAUGGGGUCGUUCUGCGGAUGUGUGGGAUCCGUAUCGGUGGAUCCGGGAUGAUGUUGGUGAUGUGAUGAAAGUGGGUGAUGACGGCGGCGGCGGUGAUGGCGAAGAGAAAAUCGACUAUGGGUUUGGGCUGGUGAGUAAAGGCACGAACAGCCCGUAUCAACCGUUUGGUGGCGGUAUGCAUCGGUGUAUCGGGGAGCAGUUUGCGUAUCUGCAGUUAGGUGUCAUUGUUGCUACGCUAGUGCGCGCUUUGGAGAUGAGGAUAGAACGUGUCCCGGAGCCUAAUUACCAUACGAUGAUCACGCUCCCGAAAUCCCCAAGGGAAAUUUCGUUCCGGAGGAGGAGGAUUCGGGAGGUUGAUUGA